AUGUUGCCUGAGAAAGAAGCAUUCAUACCAAGUAGACCCAAAGAAUAUACUCCAAAAGCGCCCGUAGAAUUUGUCAGGAAUGUCUGGGGUUCCAGUGCUGGUGCUGGAAGUGGAGAAUUUCAUGUGUACAGAGGUACACGGCGGAGAGAAUAUGCCAGGCAAAAGUUUAUGACAGAGAAGACAGAAAAGGAAAAAGAAGAUGCUGAAUAUCAUCGUAAGUUGGAAGCUAACAAGCAGGCAGCAGAAAGCAAAACUGCUAAGAAAAGAGCAAAAAGUACGAAUAAAGAGCCUUUUAAGGACUCCAAUGCCCUCUAUAUAGCAGAUUAUGAUACAUUAAAAGGGAGUUUGUUACAGAGUAAAGAGUUCAGUGCCAUUAGAUCAGAUGAAUGUAAACCAAGAUCUUUGGAGGAGCUGGAAAAAUUAGAGGCAGCUUCACGUCCAGUUAUCACAGAGCAACCUGCUAAGGUUACAACAAUGAAUGGCACCAGUGGUUCCAAGCCCAAGCCCAAACAACCCGCUGGCAUUGCUGGCAUGUUUUCUAAUGUCUCAAAGAAGAAAGAAGACAAAGAAGAAAACAAAAAGGAGGAUGGGAAAGGGGACCAAGAGCAAAAAGAAACGGUGCCAGACAAGGGGAAAGGAAAACAUGGUGGCAUAGGAUCUUUCUUCUCCAAACAACAAAAUAAAGAACCUACAACAAAGUCGGAGACUACAAAAGUGGAACCCAGUGUUAAAAAAGACAGUGCAGUCACCGUGAAACCACAGAGAGAUUUGAACAAAAAAUCGCCACCAAAGAGAGGGCAAAAAUCUAAGAAGACCAGGAAACAGGACUCAGAUGAAGAAGAUGCAGCACCCCAGAAGCAGAAGAGGAGGAGAAUACAAGUUGUGGAGAGUAGCAGUGAGGAGGAGGAAGAAGAUGAGGUCAUCCCAGAGAGUCCAGUCCCUAGUCCUGUCGCAGACAUCCCCAGCAGUCCUGAACCAGAGAAAAUGGAGGAAGAGGAGGAGGAAGAAAAAGUGGAGGAAGUAAAGAAGACAGGGAAUUCUCACGCUCAAGCCAGUAAUAAGCAUGAAUCCUCAGAAAAACACAGAGUGAAGCGACGCAAAAAAGUUACAAAUACUUACAUGGAUAAACAAGGUUUCAUGGUGACAGAGGAGGUUUGGGAGACGGCCUCCACAGAUGCCUCGGACAUAGACGAGCCAACAAAACCUGCCCCUGUCACAGCUCCUAAGUCAAAACAAGAAUCCUCAGACAAGAGUGGAAACAAGGAUAAAAAGGUUCAGCCAACCAAAAAGAAAACUUCCCCAGACCCAAAACACAGUGGGAAGCAAACGUCACUGAUGAGUUUCUUCAAAAAGAAAUGACCACAUGGACAUGUUCAAGAAUCAGAAAUACAUGGAUAUUUACUAGCCAAGUCCUUUGGCAAUUGGCACAAACAUCAGGAAACUCCACAAUUGAGGCAUUUUGGGGAAUACCUACACAGCUUUUCUGGAAAGUUCUACAGUGACCUUUAUAUUAUUGGGACAUUUCAAUUCUUCCAGUGCCUAUGUUCAGAAAAAGGUCCAAGUCCAAGCCUCGAGCGUUAUCCAAAAUAUCCUAUAAACAGAGAAGAUCUUUCAGUUCUGGUGUCCAUGCUAAUGUCUUGUUGAGGGCAAUGUAAAGACUGAAAUAUGAAGUAGAUUUCUUUCUGUGCCCCAAGUUCUGUUCAGGAAAAAACUGGAAUGUGAAAACCCUUCCUUGAAAUGAAAGUUAACUGUCAUCCGAGGAAUUUGUAUACAAAUUAUUAUCAUAAUGGGCUAAAGAAAAUUUGUUCUUAAGCCAAAUGAAGACAAAAAAAUGCUGGGCAUUUGACAACAUUAUUCAGCAGCAAACAUAAUAUGAAUUUUGAUUGGCUAGAGACAUUAUUGUUUACAGGACAACAUUAUUGUUUCAGUGCUGAUUGUAGAAAAUGGAAAUGAAGGCAGUCAAAAGAUCUUGAAUGUUGAAGUCUUAAAUGGCCAUGAUUAAAUCUAGAGAACCACAAACCAGCCCAGAAAAAAGGCUAGAUGUAUAAACUGAUAAUAUAUUUAUUCACUGAUAAAUUACGCAAACAAUAAAAAAUAAUCUCUUCAAA